ACCGCGGAGGCCGCGGCCCAGAAAUAGCCCGGGGGCCGCGGUCCCGCCCCGCGGCCGGCGAGAGCGCUGGGGAGGCGGCCGGACCCAGGCUGGGCGCGGUGCGGCCCGGACGAUGCUGCUGAGCCCCGGCCCGGCCCGGCCCAGAGCACAUGAUGGCGAUACGGGAGCUCAAAGUGUGCCUCCUCGGGGACACGGGGGUCGGGAAAUCAAGCAUCGUGUGUCGGUUUGUCCAGGACCACUUUGACCACAACAUCAGCCCCACCAUUGGGGCAUCUUUUAUGACCAAAACUGUGCCUUGUGGAAAUGAACUUCAUAAAUUCCUCAUCUGGGACACUGCUGGUCAGGAGCGGUUCCACUCGCUGGCCCCCAUGUACUAUCGAGGGUCAGCCGCGGCUGUCAUAGUGUAUGACAUCACUAAACAGGAGUCAUUUCAUACCUUGAAAAAAUGGGUUAAGGAGCUGAAAGAGCACGGCCCCGAAAACAUUGUGAUGGCGAUUGCUGGGAACAAGUGCGACCUCUCAGAUAUUAGGGAGGUGCCCCUGAAGGAUGCUAAGGAGUAUGCUGAGUCCAUCGGUGCCAUCGUGGUUGAGACGAGUGCGAAGCACGCCAUCAACAUAGAAGAGCUCUUUCAGGGCAUCAGCCGCCAGAUCCCACCCUUGGACCCCCAUGAAAAUGGAAACAGUGGAGGGAUCAAGCUUGGGAGCCAGAGCUUGCCAGGCAGCCGGAGGUGCUGCUGAGCUGGCAUACAGAGCACCAAGGAAGAAGCCAGCUCCGGUGGCCAGCGUGCACAGAAGGACCCCACCCUCAGGGCUAACUGCCUGCUGCAGAGCGAGCAGCUUUGCACCCUGGGAGACCCACAGGACGCUCAGCACGGGAAAUUCCCUGAAAAGAGAUUAUGGAAAACCCAGCAUACCACCACAAUAUGGCCUUCCGUUUAUGAACCGCCCACAGCAGGGCUUGUACUUGCUAGGUAUAGUUGCCAUUUUUGUUAAAUAUUAGAAACUUUUUAGAUUUGUUCACAAGCCUCGAGGUGCCCCUCUCCUCUGAUUUCCUGUGCCACCUAGUCAGAGCCCAGGGCCAGGGCCUCCGUUCCUAGCCAGUUCACCAAAAGGCAAAGGCAAUGUAGUAGGUUGGUUACCUUUUAGCUGGCUUUGGAAGUAAGGCUUUCUUCGUUUCCUGAGGUAAAGCAGACAUGAAUAGCUGCACCAUCACCCAAACUGAGAACUGAUCUUCUGGAAAAGACAGAAGCUGGAUUAGAAACUGCCAUCUGUGCUCCUUUUCACUUAACUGAUGAACAUUUUCCUCAGGUAAACCCAACCAAAUCUGACUCGAAGGUUACAUAUAAUCCCGGUUUAAAACAGUUAAGUAGUUGCUGUGUCAGUGGUGGAAGAUGGAGGAUGGUAAUAGCAUCCGGGGCACCACCCAAAUGCAUCCUCUCCAUUGCAGUGAGUUUCUGCUCUUGGAGAUGAUUAAUUCACAGAACAUUGAUUUACGAGGAGACUGUGUCACGGUUUCACAUCCAAGGGAUAAAACCAAUCACAGGAUGUUUGAGUCUAAACUGCAGGGCAAACUUCUUCUAGUAAUAGCAGCUAAUCAUGGGUGACAGCACCCCAGGCAGAGAAAGCCCCGCCUUAAAAAUGUGGACCCCCGAAAGGACAAGGUCAGAAGAAGUGCUUUACGCUCUGCCUGCUUUGGAGAGAAAGGCCGUCCAGCAGACAGAGCCCGUUCCAGGCGCAGACGAGGCUGUCUGUGUGUCAGUGUAAUAUUCUUCCUGCUUCUCCCAGUUCGGGAGUUAGUUGAAAUCUAGAAUAUGGGGAAUAACAAAUACUUGUCUCCAUUCAAGAGUGUCCCUCAGUGUCCCAGAGCAGGGCUCUCAAACACCGUUAGCAAAUG